AUGUCAAAUCAAUAUCCAUCAUAUCACAACUACAGUAAUCAACAACAAGCUCAACCUCAGGAUAACAUGAAUCAUAGUCAGCCUCCACAAUAUCAGAUGCAGGUGUUGUCACAUCAGUUUCAUGCACCAAGUAACCUUUUGCCAGUGCAACCAAUGAUGCAGCAUCGCCAACAUAUUUCUUCGCCUUUUCCUUCCAAUGGUCCAGCUCCUGGCACUGCUGCUUUUGUUACUAGCCCUACCGGCAACCCCUUCAGUAUACCUCAGGGUGUUCCUCCACAAUCCAUGCAGCAAAACUACGUGUUACCCCUGCCUGCAUCCAUAAUAUCUAAUGUGAAAAAUAAUCCUCCAUCACACCCUGAUACUUCCCCUACCAGAAAGCGACUGCAAUCACGUCUACAGGUUCCAGCUUCGUCCCCUCACCCCCAACAAACUCCAAAGAAAAAAAGGGGUAGACCACCAAAACCGGACUCUUUAGCCCAAAAAAUCACGACAACAUUGAAUAUAAAUGUUAAUACUUCCCCUUUGAACUGCACACCGGCAGAAUCAAAUUCUAAUCUGAUGGUAAAACAAGGUGCUCCUGAUAUUUUUACUCCUUUAAUGAGAGUUAGUCCCUCAAGCAAGUCACAGAGAAGAAAACGAAAACUUUCUACCAGCAGUAAUGGAAGCAACCAGAGUUCAUACAGCCCCACCACCAAUAAUGUAUCGCCAACGAUGAAGAAAUCAAGACCUGCCAACCCCAACUCCAACCAAAGUCAAAAGCAGAUUGCCUACAAUUACAGUAUAAACCAGAACAAAAACCAACAUCUAGUAACUCCAUUAUCAACAUCAGAAGAAACUCGCUUUUUAAAUCCUGAAAGUUCCUACCAAAUUAAUUACAAGACCUUGGAUAAUAUGUCUAUGAUCACUCAAUCUCAAGGCUAUUACAAUACUCCACCUCCUACUUCUACUAAACGCAACUUUUCUACACCCCACGCCAACCAACAACAACAACAUCUAGAUAAGUUACCGGAUUCUAACAUUCCCACACCUCUUAGUCAUAACAAACAAACUAAUAAUUUAAGGGGCUCUCCUCCGUUGGCCAAGAUAAACGAAAUUAGACAUGAAUCCAAGAACUUGUUGCCUCCAGUAUCGUUAACGAGCCACAGUUUAAUGAAUGAGCGCAACAACAACAACAACGAGACCAUCACAAAGAACAUACUAAGUGAACAAGAAAUUACAGCCCAAAACAAUGUUACUUGUGAGAGUUUGUCAAGCAGUGAUGACAGAGCUAAUAUUAAUUCUACGAGCAGAAAAUCAUCCGACGAUUUUCUGUUCAGAUUGACUAUUGAUGAGCUGGGAAAGGCAGUGUUAUCCAGUGAUAUUUUUGCUCCUAUUGCCAGCGGCGACAAGCACGAGAUGCAGCAGCAAGAGGAAAUUACAUCUGAGAAAAAUGAACAGCUGGUUGAUGAUUUUUCCACAGUUCUAACUCAUUCAAAGGUACCGCCAGUGUUGCCUCACACUAAAUCAGUAAUAGGAAUAGAGUCGAUGCACAACAAUGAGGUCAAAAGCAAAGCACCUUUAAGAAGACACAAUUCCGAUAUUACAAAUUUCAGUUCUAGUAAAGACCCAGUUCCCCAAAUAUUAGCACCAAUAAAUGAAGCUUCCAACAAUAACCCUCCAUCGAAUUUCAAUAAUCCACAAACCCCCAGAGAAACUUACGGGUAUGUUUCGACUGGUCUUACCCCGUUGUUCAAUUUAACUCCUCAAUUCAAUUCAUUGAUGUACUCAGUGAUGAAUUUGAAUGCUUCUCCGGCGUAUAAAAAAGCAAACAACCCAUUUUUAAUAAACCAGGAAUUAUUUACCAGCGGAGACAACGCUGCCAUCGUUCAAAGGGGCCAACAUUUGGAAGAGUUAGCUGAGCAUCCACGUUUGGAAAAACUCCACGAAAAAUCAAACGCCGUAAUGAUGGAAGAUUUAGUCGAAGAGAAGAAUCCAAAUAAUACUACAAUGGAUACUCAUGACAAUGACGCUCUUGUUGGAGCCACUCAGGAUAUUACUGGUCAUGGUAAUUAUCUGCUGGCUUCAUCAUCAGAAGAUUCAGGGGAUGCAAGACAGGCCUUGAAAAAAAUCAUUCAUGUGAAAAGAAAAUAA